UUGGAAGAUGCCAACACACCUGAAUCCUUAGUAUCCUUCGGUCAGCCAACACAAGAAUGGGAAGUUAGCCAACAACUUCGAGAUGCUAAUAUUCACCCAGACAGAACCCCCCAUUUUGAUACUAGAGAGCCAUCCCACAAAGUGUGUAUUAGGAGUGGCAGUGAAAUCAUCAAAUUACCUCACACUGGAGCGGAGGCUCAACCUACCAACCUACAGCAGUCUGCCUCCACUGCACAACAGGCUGCCCACACUAUCCAGGUCUCUGAUGCAUCUGCUCUACAGCUGUCUCCCAGGCGCUCGGCGAGAUUUAAAAAAACAGAUGUUUCUACGGAAAAACAUACACUUGUUCGCACCGCCAAGAACAUGGAGAAGGACAAAACCAAUGUCCCAAGCUUUGUGAACCCCAACCAAUUCGGAGCUCCUGGAAAUGUUCUGCAAUGCGGUCAACUACCAGUUAUCGUAAAGAGGAUCAGGAAGAGACCAUUGAAGAUCAUUUCUCCAUUUAAAUUACAUCCUGUUAAGUCUACCAUUUCUCUCAACCACGCCCGAAAACUCCGUGACAUAGUAAUCAACGACCUUGAUCUCAAAAA